UCCCUCCUCUUCCUCCCGCGUCCCGCCCUAUAUAUAACACACACUCGUUAACUGUUACAGUUUUCUUUUCGUCAAUCUCAACCUUUUUUUCCCUUAUUUUUGUUUACUUAUCUAAAAAAAAGUAAAAAACUGUGGUUUGAAAAUGGUCCGGAAUUGGAAAUGGAGAAGUUUUCAGCUGCUACACGUUAUUGCAAUCUCCACGGUGCUAAGCGUUUUUCAGUGCAAAAUGAGCUUCAGUUGGUCUCUCAAUAAUGAAGGGUUGGCGCUGUUGAGAUUUAAAGAGAGAGUGGUAAAUGAUCCGUUUAAUGCUUUGCGGAGCUGGAAGUACAUUGAUGGAGACUUGGAUCCAUGUUCGUGGUGGUUUGGCGUCGAGUGCUCUGAUGGAAACGUAAUUACAUUGAAACUGAGAGAUCUCUGUCUUGAAGGAACAUUGGCACCAGAACUAGGUCAGCUGACGUAUCUAAGAUACAUAAAUUUACGCAAUAAUUCCUUUUCUGGGAUUAUUCCUAAAGAAAUCGGAGAACUGAAGGAGCUCGAAGUAUUAGACUUGGGAUAUAAUAACUUUACUGGGCCGUUCCCCUUGGAUACUGGCAACAAUAUAUCCCUCUUAAUUCUCUUAUUGGAUAAUAAUGAGUUUAUCAGUGGCUUGCCUCCUGAAAUCAAUGAUCUUAAGGUGAUUUCUGAAUCUCAAGUGGACGAAAAUCAGAUAAGCAGUGUUGCUUUAGCAAGUUCGAACAGGCUAUCUAAUGCAUGGGAAACAGUGCAAUAUGGAUAUACAGCUCUGCGAAGGCUGCUACAAGGGAUCGAUUUCCUGAAUCCAACUGAAGCUGAGAAAAAUAAGCACAAUAGUCGGGGUCAAAUAUUAGCUAUAACAUCUUCGUUGUCGCCAUCGCCAUCACCAUCACCAGAACAACCAUUCUCAUCUAUAUCUGUUCCCCCCUCGACUUCUACAUUAUUGCCGACAGAGGCUCCAUCUCCAUCUGCAUCCACUCCUUCACAAUCUCCAGUACUUUCACCAAAUGCAGCUCCACCCACUCUGGAAUCUCCACCAGUUGUUAUACCUGAGGAUUCCCCUCUUCUGUCCCCUUCACCUGCUUUAGCUCCCACCAAUAUACUAAAGAAUAAAAAAAAGUCAAACAACCAUACAAUCUUUAUAUUAUCUGGAGUAAUAGGUGGUUCUGUUCUUGUACUUGUUUCAGUUCUCAGUCUGCUUUAUUGCCGUAGCAAUAAGGUUGUUACUGUUAAACCUUGGGCUACGGGGUUAAGUGGACAGCUGCAGAAAGCAUUUGUAACAGGUGUACCAAAGCUCCAGCGAUCAGAACUUGAAGCAGCUUGCGAAGAUUUCAGUAACAUUAUUGCUUCCCUCUCUGAUGGUACUGUCUACAAAGGCACUCUUUCAAGUGGUGUUGAAAUAGCAGUGACAUCUACUGCAGUAAAGUCAGCUAAAGACUGGUCAAAGAAUUUAGAAGCCCAGUUCCGGAAUAAGAUAGACACCUUAUCGAAAGUGAACCACAAGAAUUUUGUGAACCUUAUCGGAUUUUGUGAAGAACAGGAGCCUUUUGCUCGAAUGAUGGUAUUUGAGUAUGCUCCAAAUGGAACGCUGUUUGAACACCUGCACAUUAAAGAAUCAGAGCACCUGGACUGGGCUACAAGGUUGCGCAUUGCUAUGGGCAUGGCCUACUGCCUGGAGUACAUGCACCAACUUAACCCACCUAUAGGCCAUUGUAACCUACAAUCAUCAUCAGUAUAUCUUACUGAAGACUAUGCAGCCAAAAUUUCGGAUUUAAGCUUCUGGAAUGAAGUAAUUGCAGCAAAGAUUGGAAAAGCAGCAACCGUGGAGCUUCUGGAAACUACAUCAGCUGAUCCAGAGAGCAAUAUUUACAACUUUGGGGUAAUAUUGCUCGAAAUGAUUACUGGUAGGCUUCCAUACUCGGUAACUGAUGGUUAUAUAGUGGACUGGGCAUUGAACUACUUCAGGAUAGGGAGACCCUUAAGAGAUAUUGUGGACCCAACUUUAUAUUCUUUUCGAGAGGAAGAGCUAGAGAAACUAAUCCCAUUGGUGAAAGAUUGUCUGCUUCCUAAUCCAGAACAGAGACCAAGAAUGAGAGAAAUUGCGGCGACGUUGAAGGAAAUUACGGCUCUGGAUCCUGAUGGAGCAACACCAAAAUCAUCACCUCUUUGGUGGGCUGAAUUGGAAAUUUUGUCAACAGUAUCAAGUUAAAAGGUUUAAGCUGCAAUCUAUGGACCUUUUUUCAAUUUCAAAAAAUUUUUCUUUCUGUAUAUCUUUUUGUAAAUCAAGUGAUUGGUUAGUUCUUUUCAUCUUAGGUAUACCUAAUACUUUCUUAAACUUCUUUUCUGUGCUUUAUUUAUGCCGUUGCUUGUCUGUAAUCUGGGCUCAAAUUUGUACAGAGUAUUAGACUACCGACACCUUUCAGAAUUGUCUGGUACUUUCAUACAUAUUUUACUUUUGUGUGUUUAA